CACCGGCAUUCCCAGUAUGCACCGCGGACAGACCAACAAAAAAUUGUCCGGUAACUGAAAGGCCUGAGAAAGAGAACUCGAAAGGAGUAGCGGCUAGCUGAUUCAUUUCAAACGGUGUUAAAACAUAGCUAAGAUUGCUAACAUGUCUGACAACGAGAAACUAGACAACCAGCGACUGAAGAAUUUCAAGAACAAGGGUCGCGACUUGGAGACGAUGAGAAGACAGAGGACAGAGGUGGUGGUGGAACUCCGCAAGAACAAAAGGGACGAACACCUGCUGAAGAGGCGAAACGUGCCCCACGAGGACACCUGCGAAGACUCUGAUGCUGACGGAGACUUCAGAUCGCAAAACACUUCUCUUGAAGCAAUAGUACAAAAUGCCACAAGUGAUAACCAGGGAGUUCAGCUGAGUGCCGUGCAGGCUGCAAGGAAGCUGUUGUCUAGUGACCGUAACCCUCCCAUAGAUGACCUGAUCAAGUCAGGCAUUCUCCCCAUUCUGGUGCACUGUCUGGACAGAGAUGACAAUCCAUCUCUACAGUUUGAAGCUGCCUGGGCUUUGACCAACAUUGCAUCAGGAACCUCAGAGCAGACCCAGGCAGUGGUCCAGUCCAAUGCUGUGCCACUGUUCCUGAGGCUGCUGCAGUCUCCUCACCAGAAUGUGUGUGAGCAGGCGGUCUGGGCCCUGGGAAACAUCAUAGGUGACGGCCCCCAGUGCAGGGACUAUGUGAUCAGUCUGGGCGUGGUGAAGCCCCUGCUCUCCUUCAUCAGCCCCUCUAUCCCCAUCACCUUCCUCCGUAACGUCACCUGGGUCAUGGUCAACCUCUGCCGCCACAAGGACCCACCGCCACCCAUGGAGACCAUCCAGGAGAUUCUUCCAGCUCUCUGUGUGCUGAUCCACCACACUGAUGUUAAUAUCCUGGUGGACACGGUGUGGGCUCUGUCCUACCUGACAGACGCGGGCAACGAGCAGAUUCAGAUGGUCAUCGACUCAGGCAUUGUGCCCAACCUGGUGCCCCUGCUUAGCCACCAGGAGGUCAAAGUCCAGACUGCUGCACUGCGGGCGGUGGGCAACAUAGUGACUGGAACAGAUGAACAGACCCAGGUGGUGCUCAACUGUGACGCCCUGGGACACUUCCCGUCUCUCCUUACACACCCCAAGGAGAAGAUCAAUAAGGAGGCAGUGUGGUUCCUGUCCAACAUCACAGCAGGCAACCAGCAGCAGGUGCAGGCUGUCAUUGAUGCCAACCUGGUACCCAUGAUCAUCCACCUUCUGGACAAGGGAGACUUUGGAACACAGAAAGAAGCAGCCUGGGCCAUCAGCAAUCUGACAAUUAGCGGGAGGAAGGACCAGGUGGCGUACCUGAUCCAGCAGCAAGUGGUCCCUCCCUUCUGUAACCUGCUGACAGUGAAGGAUGCUCAGGUGGUGCAGGUGGUCCUGGACGGCCUCAGCAACAUCCUCAAGAUGGCUGACGACGAGGCCGAGACCAUCGCCAACCUCAUCGAGGAGUGUGGAGGUCUGGAGAAGGUGGAGCAGCUCCAGAAUCAUGAGAAUGAAGACAUCUAUAAACUGGCCUAUGAAAUUAUUGAUCAGUUCUUCUCAUCUGAUGAUAUUGAUGAAGACUCCAGCCUGGUUCCGGAGGCGAUCCAGGGGGGAACAUACGGCUUCAAUUCCUCCACCAACGUGCCAACAGAGGGGUUCCAGUUCUAGAAGGCAUCUCGGGAGUCUGGAGUUUUGUUUGCGAUGCAGCACUCUGUUCAACAUAAAACAAAUUAGGAGAGAAAGAGAGCGAAAGUGUGAGAGAGAAAUUAGAUCCAUUGUGCUUGGCUCGUGGGAUCCGUGGCUGCA